AUGACCGUGUCCAACAAUGACAAACCUCUCCGAAUCGCCAUUAUCGGUGGCGGUAUCGCAGGUGUCACCCUCCUCCUGGCACUGUUGAAGCACACCUCCCGUCAGAAUGUCGUACCGCACCUUUAUGAAGCCACUCCAGAGUUCUCUGAGAUUGGGGCGGGAAUCGCCUUCGGGUCAAACUCCAUUCGUGCCAUGGAGCUCAUUGACACCGAGUUAGCAGCGGCAUACAAUCGGCAUGCAACAUUUCAGCCAGAUACGGGCGCCUUGGAUAAGAAGCUUUGGUCUAGUUAUCGAAUGGGCAUGGAUGGAAAAGGCGCGCCGUCGAACAGUCUGAAAGCAGGCGAAUACCUGCACGAGGUGCAUGCGCCGGUUGCAAGGAGUAGCGUUCAUCGCGCACGGUUUCUUGAGGCCAUGACCGAACUAUUGCCACCUGAAGAGGGGUACGUGAGUUUCGGCAAAAGACUGUUAUCGAUCGAUGAGGGAACAGACGGAGCCACAGUGCACUUCGCAGAUGGGACCUCCGUAUAUGUCGAUGCAGUUCUCGGGUGUGAUGGAAUCAAGUCCCGAGUGCGGCAAAUUCUGCUCGAAGGAGAGGAGGCAGCUAAUGCUGUCUUCACAGGUAAAUAUGCGUAUCGAGGCCUGAUCCCGAUGGAUGAAGCAGUUGCCGCUCUAGGAGAGUACACAGCACGCAAUAACCAUUUUCACUGGGGAUACGGCGGCCAUCUCUUGACUUUUCCGAUUGAGCACGGCAAGACAAUGAAUGUCGUGGCCUUCCGGACAAAGGAAAAUCGUGUUUGGGAGCAUGGGUCACAGUGGGUGCUACCAGGAAACAAGAAACAGAUGUUGCAGGACUUUGAGGGCUGGGGACCAGAUGUCCGAGCCAUCUUGUCAUUGAUGCGGAAUGCAGAUAUAUGGGCCAUGUUUGAUCAUGCGCCCGCUAGGACCUAUCACCGGGAUGGUCGCAUCUGUCUCGUGGGAGAUGCAGCCCAUGCAAGUACACCGCAUCAGGGCGCUGGAGCCGGUAUGGCAGUGGAAGACGUCUUUGUUCUAUCUCGUCUCUUGGGUGAAGUCCGUGAGAAGAGCCACUUGGAGCGGGCAUUCAUGGCGUAUGAUGCCGUGCGAAGACCUCGCACUCAGCAACUUGUGCGCACUAGUCGGGAUGCCGGCAUGCUCUAUGAGUGCCAAAAGGAGGGUGUGUUGGAUGAUGUUGGCAAAAUUCGCGAGGAUUUGGACAUGCGCAUGCGCUGGAUCUGGGAGCUAGAUGUGGAGCAGCACCUGCAAGAUGCGUUGGAUAUUUUUCAUACUACACACGGACCGGUGUAA